AAAAGAAAAAAAAGACUGAUUAUCUCCAGGUGAGGGGGGAAACACACAAAUCUGGACUUUUCAUGUUUAUGUUACCUUGACAGCAACCAGAUAUCUUUGGCGGCCUGUCCCAUUUUCUUCUGCGGGGGUUCGGUAACCAAGCGAUGGCCAUGGUGAGUGGGGGCUGGGGAGAUCCCAACGGGGGCACCAACGGGCUAGGGGACAAGAGCUACCUGAGGGGGGAGGAAGAGGACGGCUCACCACAGGCGGGGGGCAGCGACAUGGAGGCCGGAGACGACGACAAGGCCUGCGUGGUGGACUGCGUGGUGUGCGGGGACAAGUCCAGCGGGAAACACUACGGCGUGUUCACCUGCGAGGGCUGCAAGAGCUUCUUCAAGAGGAGCGUCAGACGCAACCUCAGCUACACAUGCAGGUCAAACAGAGAGUGUCAGAUUGACCAGCACCACAGGAACCAGUGCCAGUACUGUCGACUGAAGAAGUGCUUCCGUGUUGGCAUGCGUAAAGAAGCAGUUCAACGCGGUCGCAUCCCACCUCAACCGAGCCUCAGCCCCUCCAUCACGCCCAUAGGGGGCGCCAGUGGCCUUGGUGGCGAGUUCUAUAACAACAACAACAAUGGAGGAAGUGGUGGAGGUCAGCCGGUGUCAGAGCUCAUUUCCCAGCUUCUGCGAGCUGAACCAUACCCCAGCAGUCGUUAUGGACACCAGUACAACCAACAGGCCGGUCCAGAUAACGCCAUGGGGAUCGAUAACAUCUGUGAACUGGCUGCCAGGCUACUGUUCAGCACCGUGGAGUGGGCCAGAAACAUCCCUUAUUUCCCUGAACUGCCUGUGUCAGACCAGGUGGCCCUGCUGAGGCUGAGCUGGAGCGAGCUGUUCAUCCUCAACGCGGCCCAGUCGGCUCUGCCGCUCCACAUGGCGCCCUUGUUGGCCGCUGCCGGCUUCCACUCCUCGCCCAUGUCUGCGGAGCGCGUGGUGUCCUUCAUGGACCAGGUGAGGGUGUUCCAGGAUCAGGUGGACAAGCUGACCAGGCUGCAGGUGGACUCUGCAGAGUACAGCUGUCUGAAGGCCAUCGCACUGUUCUCACCAGAUGCCUGUGGUCUAACAGACCCAGUCCAUGUGGAGUCUCUGCAGGAGAAAGCUCAGGUGGCUCUGACAGAGUACGAGAGGAUGCAGUACCCGAGUCAGCCCCAGCGCUUCGGACGCCUGCUCCUGCGCCUCCCCGCCCUGCGCGCAGUUCCCGCCAGCCUCAUCUCGCAGCUCUUUUUUAUGCGCCUGGUAGGAAAGACACCCAUCGAGACACUGAUCCGUGACAUGCAGCUCUCCGGAAGCUCAAUCAGCUGGCCGUAUGUCCCAGGACAGUAGCCCCUUGAAGGACGAGGUCUCCGUCUGGUAUCAGUGACGACAAGGACCCACAGGAAACCUCCUGACUCAUCACUAUCCAUCUGUGUGGUUAUGAAACUGCAGUGCCAGCUGGCCGUCAUAUGUACUGUACUGUAACCGCUCUAUUCCCCGUCAUGAAACGAGCCCUCUGUCUCCUUGCGGGCCUCCAGAGAAGAGAGGAGCCAGUGCCAGGAUGAAUCUGUCUUGUUGCCAGCCCACUCAUUCUGGUGCCAGGUCUCAGGCCAGAGACCCGUUCCUCAUGCUGGGCUCCGAUAUGGCCACCACAGCCAGUCAUGUCACCACCCACAUGCCAUAGUGACAAAAGACGCUGCAGUUUCAUGUAGAGGGCAGCAGCACCCUGCUAUAAAUACAUCUAGAGGACAAAACUGUCCCGCCAAUGAGAGUGAGAGGAACACUUUUUCCCACACUGGGCUCACUUUCCAUGGCUCACCGUUUGUAAGACAGUGACCUCUUUAUCCACACAACUGAUAACAUUACAAUGCAGCAUCAUGAUGAUAAUGGAUUUAAUUGAACAAUCUGAAGCAUCAGGAAACUGUGGUGAACUGAACAUAAGACACAGAAAGGACUCUCUUUGCCCAACACUGAGCAAGAAGCCAAUGAAGUGAUCACAUGGAACAGAAAGAAAAAUAAAACCAAGGAAAAAUCACCAAAGUUUAUCAUAUCAUCCUCAGAGAUGGUUUUAAAUAUAAUAAUUAGAACACAUGAAGCAGAGAGAAAAGGAUGAAUGGACUCUUGUGACUGCCUGGCCAUCAAGUGAACAGUGUAUUUACAUUCAUUCACAGGGCUCACUGUUACUGUAGUUGAAGAAGAUACAAAAAAAAAAGUUUCAUGAGAAUGGACUAAUACCUCACUAGACAUCAGAAUGCUUUAGUCUGAUAUUUCCUAAACACAAACCUCUGUAAAUGUUCUUCACCAGAAACCGCCUUCUUUUUGACAACUGCCUUGUUAUUCAGUAUGAAUUUGGGACAUCUAUGAAAUCUGAAAGGAGUCACAAACAUUUGUCUUGUAUCUUUUUAAAACAGAUCCCCAAAGUGAUUUUCACUUGUGUUUUGAAUAUGAGUUUUGACUGACUGAAUAUGGUGAACUCAUCUAUUAAGCAUAGUUUGGAUCGAGAUUUCUUUUUUUUAUUGAGGAACGGCAGGCAGACAUCAACUCGGGUUCUAGUAAAACAAACAAUUCAAGACGUUAAGAAUUAGCUCAAUAAACAUAGUUGGUCAAUCAUUGCUGUUUCUGAGAGUGAUGAUCCCUCGAAGAUGUAUUGAACUGUAUAUAUAUUGAGGCCAACUUCGUCUUUUUGCAUGUUCAAAUGUUGUUUUGAAUCUCUACUAAGUUGAGACUGUUUUAUUCUUUUACAUUAUGUAUUUCAAGGUUACUUUAAACAUUAAAGUAUUGCUUUCACUGUUAGCUCCUAAAUGUUUUUUUCUAUAUGUAUUUACAUGAAAAUACCUCUGUCAUCUGUUCAGAUGUCAAAAAAGAAGCUUACCUUCAUGCCAUUACUGAUGAUAUGACAUAGAGAUGUUCACGUUCUCAUCUCUAGGCUUCUAUGUCAGUCUGUACUGUUGUGAAUGAUGUGAGACGAUACUGUAAUGGAUGAAAAUCUGGUGGAAAAACUGCACUUGGAGGAUAUUCAAUGCCAAAACAUCACACUAUCUGUGACGAGUUAAAAGAAGAUGGGCCAGGAUUUGCUGGUCCACCAGGAUUUACCUCAAACGGGUAUUUCAAGAGGCGAGUUUACAAAAUCACAGGUGAUAUAUUUGAAAGGAAAGAAUGAAAUCAACUCUAAACAUUAUACAUAUUUCAGCAUUUACUGACGAAUAAACAGGUGAAAGGAUGUAACUCUGCUUCUUGAUCUCCCACUGGGCCUUUUGAAAGUUGUUUGGAUAUUCUUCUUUUCGGCAACAAACUCACACGAUCAUGUCAUUGAUGAAAAAAAGGAUAAAUAUACUAUUAAUGUUUUCUUAUCUUUGUGUUACUGAGUUUUUAAAAUUUCCUGUGUAUGGCAACGUUAUUAAAAGAAUCAAAAGAU